UUUGCUAAAUCUUUUGAUUUUUCAUCUUGUAGCUUAAUCUAUCUGCAUGCAAAACAAGAACGAAAAAAGAAGAAGAGGGUUAUAAAAUUAAACCCUCCUUUUUUACGUUCUUGCAUUGUUGAUUUUGUGUGUUCCUCUUCAAGAAACCCUUUUUUUUUUUUUUGGGUAAUUUUUGGGUUGUUGAAAGAGAGAACACAGCAGAGAAGAUUAAUGGAAAAUUUAUGCAAUGUGUUGCAUGGAAUGAGGCCACUUUUGCUUAUGAUUAUGGGGCAAAUGAUACUUGCAGGAAUGAAUAUUGUGUUCAAACUUGCAACAAGCGAUGGCAUGAAUUUUAGUGUUUUGAUCUUUUAUCGCUCUCUGUUCGCCUCUGUUUUCAUGAUCCCUUUAGCAUUCUUCAUUGAAAGGGGAAAAAGACCCAAGCUAACAAAGAUGGUUUUAUUCCAAGCAUUUCUGUGUGGUAUACUUGGGGGAUCAAUAGGCCAAAACAUGUACCUGCAAAGCUUGGUCUACACAUCAGCAACUUUUGUCUCAGCCAUGUUCAAUCUUAUCCCUGCCAUGACCUUUAUCGUUGCCAUCAUAUUGAGGUUAGAGAAGCUGGGUUGGCAUUCAGCAGCAGGUAAAGCAAAGGUAUUUGGGACGAUCAUUUCUAUCAGCGGAGCGAUGCUCCUAUCACUCUACAAAGGGCCAGAGAUACAUAUGGGGAGCACAAACAUAAACUUGUUGAGUUCCCCAAAACAUAAGGGGGAAAGUAAACCUUUAAUAGGUGCUGUUCUUGCCAUAGUUGGUUGUACUUGCUAUGCACUAUUGUUGAUUGUUCAGGCAAAAGCGGCUAAACGAUAUCCAUGCCCUUACUCAUUCACCGCUCUACUGAAUGUAAUGGCAGCAGUUCAAUGUUUUGUUGUUGCAGUAGUUGUGGAAAGAGAUUGGAAUCAAUGGAAAUUGGGGUGGAACAUUAGACUUGUUGCUGCAGCAUAUACGGGGAUUUUUUGUUCUGGAGUACUGUUUACCAUCCUUGCAUGGGUUGUCCGGAUGAAAGGCCCGGUAUAUGCAUCCAUUUUUAACCCUUUGAUGCUUGUGAUGGUGGCAAUUACUGGAUACUUGUUCUUGGGAGAAAAGUUGGUCCUCGGAACCAUCCUUGGAUCAGUCGUGAUAGUGUGUGGACUAUACGUUGUCUUGUGGGGAAAAGAUAAAGAAAUCAAGAAAGUGAGCCAGUUGGUUCCGGAUGAAGAAGAGAUUGACAUAAAAUCUUCGUCGCGUAAAGGCAGUAGCCAUGGUGGUAGCAGCAAAAGGGAGGGAAAAGAAGAAGAACAACAAGAAGAACAAGAAGAGAAUAAGAGGGAUUCACAAGUUGGUUCUGAAAUAUUAGGAGGUAUAUACAUUUAUCACUAGAAGAUGAAGGACUAUAAUGUAUCAUCAAAAAGUGAUGAAACAUGAAAUACCAUUUUUUUUUCCCUUUAUGAGUUACGCAAUGUGCAACAUUACAACAACUAACUGAAGUUUUGUGUCGAUGAUUAGAUGACAAGCUAAGAACUAAUUGUACUACGAUGAAAAGGAAUAGAACAAUUUUU